CAAUGUAAUUUGUGUGGGUCUUUGUUACUCGAGCUGAAAGCUGAGGUAGAGAAGUUACGGGCGGCUCAGAUGAGCUCUCAGUGCAACGAGCCGGAGAAGAUGGGCCUCUUCCAGCAGGAGAUCUUGGCUCUGAAGAGCCAGCUGACGCAGCAGGAGAGGGAGAUGGCCGAGGCCCACAGAGCGUGGAGAGAGAAGCUGGAGCAGGCAGAGAAACACAAACGCGAGGAAACCGAAGAAUUACAGGAAGCAGGCGUCACAUUUGCUGUGGACAACCGACUACCCAACUUGAUGAACCUGAACGAGGACCCACAGCUGUCGGAGAUGCUGUUAUACAUGAUUAAGGAGGGACAGACCAAGGUCGGCCAGCACAAGUCCAAGUCCCCCCACGACAUCCAGCUGUCUGGGGCCCUUAUCGCCGACCACCACUGCGUCGUUUCCAAUGUAAAUGGUGAGGUCGGCAUCACUCCCAUGGAAAACGCCUUUGUCAACGGGAACCUGGUCUCUGACACCACUGUCCUGCGUCUUGGCAGCAGGGUGAUCCUGGGCGGAGACCACUACUUCCGCUUCAACCACCCGGCAGAGGUGCAGUCUGGGAAACGCGUGUCAUGCUGGAUGGGAGCGGGCGAUGGCCAGAAGGACUUUGAGUUUGCCAAAAACAAGCUGCUCUCCGCUCAAAGAGCACAACUGGAAGAGGAGAUCGAGGAGGCCCAUCUGAAGGCCAAAGAGGAGAUGAUGCAGGGAAUCCAGGUGGCCAAAGAGAUGGCCCAGGAGGAGCUGUCGGACCAGAAGGCUCGUUAUGAGAACAGGAUCAAAGCCUUGUUAGAGAGAACUGGUACGUCCACUAUGGCUUUACCAACCAAAUGUGAGGAGGAGAGCGAGAGGAAGUGGCAUUGGGAGAUGGACCAGCAGCAGGUAACCUCCAAGAUGGAGGAGCUGCAGUCGGCCAAGGUGGAGCUGGAGCAGGAGGUGGACACGCACAAGACACGUCUCCGCCUCCAUAUGGAGGCCCAGGCCACACGGCGGGCCAUGGCCGGCCACGGUGUCCGACAGGCCAAGGUGGUGGAGGCCCUCGAGGCAGAGAAGUGGAAGAUCGACAAAGACCUCGAGGAGAUGCAGACAACUGCCGUUGAAAGGAAGCAGGACUCCGAGAAACGGGGGACCGCAGCGCCUCUGAAGAUGACGACGUGUUUUACGACCCCAAUGAUGAGUGGGAGCAAGAUAUAUCUGCCUCCUCAACCGCCGCCUCCUUUUCACGCAGAAGGUCUGUUAGGUGUGGCCAAACCACCCUCUCUGCACCCAAGCUCGUCAGACUCCGUCCUGCCGGGGAUAUGCAAAGAUCUGAUUGGUCAGACGGUAGGGCGGCUGCGCGAGUGCCAUAGCCACGAGGAGAGCAUGGCAGACAGGCCGACCUCUGACCUCUGCUGCGUGUACACGGCCGUGACGACCAUCUCCGACCUGUAUGACGGCCUGGAUGUUGACAGUCAGGAGAACAUGUUUGAGGCUGAAACACAGAGCCAGCUGGUGAAGGCCACCUCAGCCAUCCAGAGAGCCGUGUUCAUCACCAUGCAGUGGGGGACCAGUGUCGAUCCUGGAACCGGAACGCUCUACAUUAAUGCAGAGGAGCUCAGACCCCAAGUCAAGAGAAUGGGAGGCUACUUUCAGCUUCACAUCCAGGUUAAACAAGACCCCAAGUCAAGAGAACGGGAGGCUACUUUCAGCUUCACAUCCAGGUUAAACAAGACCCCAAGUCAAGAGAAUGGGAGGCUACUUUCAGCUUCACAUCCAGGUUAAACAAGACCCCAAGUCAAGAGAACGGGAGGCUACUUUCAGCUUCUCAUCCAGGUUAAACAAGACCCCAAGUCAAGAGAACGGGAGGCUACUUUCAGCUUCUCAUCCAGGUUAAACAAGACCCCAAGUCAAGAGAAUGGGAGGCUACUUUCAGCUUCACAUCCAGGUUAAACAAGACCCCAAGUCAAGAGAACGGGAGGCUACUUUCAGCUUCUCAUCCAGGUUAAACAAGACCCCAAGUCAAGAGAACGGGAGGCUACUUUCAGCUUCUCAUCCAGGUUAAACAAGACCCCAAGUCAAGAGAACGGGAGGCUACUUUCAGCUUCUCAUCCAGGUUAAACAAGACCCCAAGUCAAGAGAAAGGGAGGCUACUUUCAGCUUCUCAUCCAGGUUAAACAAGACCCCAAGUCAAGAGAAAGGGAGGCUACUUUCAGCUUCUCAUCCAGGUUAAACAAGACCCCAAGUCAAGAGAAAGGGAGGCUACUUUCAGCUUGAAAAAAGAGAUUGUGAUGUUAUCCUGGGUAAAUAGGUUGGAUAAAGUUUUGAAUUGAAUAAAUGUAGACAAAGACCCCGUCACCAAUCGGAGAAAUGAUUCAGUAGAGUAGCAGCUGGAUGUGGCUGUGCAACAUACAGACGGAGCUUUGCACCAGCUACAUUCAUAUGCACUUUUUGUACAGCACAACAUAUGCAUUGUUGACUGGUUUAGUGCAAAUCAUUUCAUGGUGAAUUACAGUAAAAUACAUUCUAGAAAAAUC